UUUGUAUUUCCUGUUUGGCUCCUGCAUGGCUCAAUGUAAACAAAGGACUUUGGCUCCUCACUUCAAACGAUAUGGAGUCUCAUCAUGGGAUCAUGAAAGCUUUUCCCAAAGUUAAAAGAGCUAGAGUCCUACAGGGAAAAGAUGCACCCCCAGUGAAGAAGAAACCUGAGAAGCAAGAAGUCACAGGGGAUAUUUUUAAAGGGACCACAGUGUACGUUCUACCUGCUGGAAUUGGAAAUGCCAGAUGCCAGAUCUUUCACAGACAAAUCGAGCAGAAUGGAGGGAAGAUUGAGAGUUCACUGUCUCCCAACGUCACUCAUGUUGUUGUGGAUGACAGCAUGGAUGGGGACAGGGCUCUGCGCUUACUGAAAGUCGAUUCUUUUCCCUCUGGAGUCCAUCUGAUGAAAUGCACAUGGUUGAGCUUGUGCAUUAGUGAGAAGAAACUGCUGGAUGUAGACCGCUACAGCCUUCUUUUACCYGAAAGGAAUUCAGAAACGAAGCUUGAAAAAGAAGAAAACAAAUCUGAUAAUCUCAGUGCCACAGAGUCAGAGAGUCAUCAAACCAAGCAAGACACGCUUUCCCAGACAGUCCCAGAAAGCAAAGAAGAGGUGCACGCCAAAGAGGACGGUGUCACUCAAGGUGACCUGGAAGCUCUCAUCACUGGUCAGCGCCCUAAAGAGGAGACCCCCAGCUCCAGCUCGAACCCCGGUCUGGAUGCUGCUGCUGCUGCCGCCGAGAAACCAGUUUCAGGGAAGUGGGUCUGCGCCCAGUCUUCUCAGUCCAAAAGUAACAACUUCAACAAGCACAUCACCGACAAGCUUGAAGUGCUGGCCAAGGCUUACACGAAUCAGAGGGACAAGUGGAGGGCACUGGGUUACUCCAAGGCUGUCAACGCUCUGAAGAGCUACCACAAACCUGUCACAUCAUAUCAGGAAGCAUGUCAGAUCCCAGGAAUAGGAAAAAGAAUGGCUGACAAAAUUGAAGAGAUUAUGGAGAGCGGCCACUUGCGGAAGCUGGAUUACAUCGGAGAGGCUGUGCCCGUUCUGGAACUUUUCAGCAACAUCUGGGGAGCAGGAGCUACAACUGCACAGCUCUGGUACCAACAGGGAUUUCGCACUCUGGAGGACAUCCGCACAAAAGCCAACCUGAACAACACUCAGAAAAUAGGACUGAAGCACUACGACGACUUUCUCGACCGAAUGCCCAGAGAAGAGGCGGCAGCUAUAGAGAAAGUGGUGAGGGAUGCUGCACAAGCUGUAGACGCAGGUCUUGUAGCGAUGGCAUGUGGCUCCUACCGCCGUGGAAAGGCUACAUGUGGAGAUGUUGAUGUGCUCAUCUCUCAUCCUGAUGGCAAGUCCCACAAAGGAGUUUUCAGCAAAGUGUUACAGCUCCUCCACGACAGUGGGUUUUUAACAGAUGAUCUGGCGAGCCACGACGAGAAGGAGAAGGAGAAGGGAGAGCAGAAGAAAUACAUGGGUGUGUGCCGUUUGCCUGGACCCGGCCACCGCCAUCGCAGGCUGGACAUCAUCGUGGUGCCUUACAAUGAGUUCGCCUGUGCGCUCAUGUAUUUCACCGGCUCGGCGCACUUCAACCGGUCAAUGAGAGCCCUGGCUAAGACGAAAGGCAUGAGCCUCUCAGAGCACUCGYUGAACAAAGACGUGGUACGGCAGGGGAGCUUGAAAGUUUACGGAGGCACUCCACUUCCUACGCCGACAGAGAAGGAUGUUUUUAGUCUUUUAGGCAUACCCUACAGGCAGCCUCAUGAAAGAGACUGGUGAUGAUUUCCCAUUCACAAGGACUUUAGAGAUUUUAAAAACUAAAAAGAAUAAUCAUGUCCUAAACAAAUCAUGAAAAUUCAAAUAUCCUCAAAUGUAAAUUUUAAUGAAAAAUCWUAUCUCUAAAUAUCAUUUAAGGGCCAUGCUUGAUUUGUCUGAAUAUUCAACACGUUAAAAAGCCAGGGUUACUCAAAUAAAACUAGGCCUUUUUGAACCAGAUUCUGAGGAGGCUCCAUAAUGUAUUCACCUAUAAACUUUGUUCUACAUCCUCAGUGCUUUAUAGGGAAAAAACAUAAUUUAGUUUUAGAAGCCCAUUUAAACUAAAACACUACAACGACUUUUAUAAUGUCUUUAGAAGAUCUUUAACUGUGGAAGUCUUAAUUAUGUAAGACAAUGAACAGGAAGGUAUCUACUAAAAAAAGUUAAGUAGCCUUUUACUGUAAAGACAUAAAUUUAGCAAGGUGCAUGAACUACGUACAUUUUAAAUAUGAAAAUAAUAAUAAAAUUACUCAUUUGUGCCUUUC